GAGGAUGAGGAUGCUCUCUAUCGGAUUCUCUGCCAUUUUAAUGCGAUCGCAUUAGUUAAAGGAGCGCCAUCGGGGGGGAAAAACUACAACAAAACAAAUGGAAAUAGGCGCCAUAUGGGCGUGUGAGAGGAGGUGCUUCUGCGCUCGUUCUUUCGAGAUUAGUGCGAGUUUUUCUGUCGUCGGUUCCGUUGAUUCCAGCUGACGCGCGCGCAUAGACACACACACACACACACACACCGAGAGAGAGAGAGAGAGAGAGACGGACGGAAGGAGGUGGAUAAGCCGAGCCCUGCCUGCAUUCUGCACGUUUUCCUCUGGAGCCCUGCUAUCAGGAAUGAGUAUAGAAAUCCCCGAGGGCUUGACGGAGCUUUUACAGAGCUUUACGGUGGAGGUGUUGAGGAAUCAGCCGCGGGAUCUUUUGGAGUUCGCCCUGCAGUAUUUCACCCAGCUGAAGGAGAACGAAGCGCGGGCGGCCGCUUUCGGCAAUGAGCAGCAUCCGCCUCUGCGCGCAGCCAAAGCCGUUAACUUCAUCGAGGAGGCCAUGCAGAUCGACUCGGAGAACGGAGACGACGAGGAUGACGAUGAGGAAUUCGUAGCGCCAGUCAUAAACAGAUUCAUAAGACGACCUUCUGUAUGUGCAGAAGCCUUCAACCCAGAUGAAGACGAGGAGGACAAAGAGCCCAGGGUAACUUAUCCAAAAACAGAUGAACAGAGACAAAGACUACAGGAAGCCUGCAAGGACAUACUUCUUUUUAAAAAUCUUGACCAGGAGCAAAUGUCCCAAGUUCUGGACGCGAUGUUUGAGAAGAUAGUUUGUGCUGGGGAACAUAUCAUUGAUCAAGAUGAUGACGGAGACAACUUUUAUGUAAUUGAAAGAGGGACUUUUGACAUCCUUUUGAAAUCAGAGGGCACCACAAGAACAGUAGGCUCAUAUGACAACCGUGGGAGUUUCGGGGAACUGGCGCUGAUGUAUAACACCCCACGUGCUGCCACCAUUGUUGCUACCUCACCUGGUGCCUUGUGGUGCCUAGAUCGAUUGACAUUCAGAAGGAUUAUUGUAAAAAACAAUGCCAAGAAGAGGAGAAUGUAUGAAGCUUUCAUUGAGACCCUUCCACUGCUCACAUCUUUGGAGGUCUCAGAAAGAAUGAAGGUGGUGGAUGUCUUGUCGUCCAAAGUGUACAACAAUGGAGAGCAGAUCAUUGCACAAGGUGACCUGGCAGACUGUUUUUACAUCGUAGAGUCAGGUGAGGUUAGAAUCACCAUGAAGAGGAACCGGAAUUGUCAUUGGGAUGUCUGCUCACAGUUGAAAACAGAUACAGAGCUCGAGGAGGUGGACAUCGCCACAUGCACUAGGGGGCAGUACUUUGGAGAAUUAGCCCUUGUCACAAACAAGCCAAGGGCCGCUUCUGCAUAUGCUGUGGAAAAUGUCAAAUGCUUAGUAAUGGAUGUUCAAGCAUUUGAGAGGUUACUGGGGCCGUGCAUGGACAUCAUGAAACGCAACAUCGCUAACUAUGAAGAGCAGUUGGUUACGCUAUUUGGAAGUCAGAUGGAAAUAGAAGAGCCAAAUGCAUAAAUAAAUAAAUAAAUAAAUAAACAACAACAAAAUGCUCCAAUGCAACAUUAUUAAAAGAUAAAAAAUUAUGGUGAGUACAGGUCUCUCACCACUGUUCAGAUGCCAUAUGAUCAUAAGUUUUGAACUUUAAAAUGAUUGUUUUUGCAUCACAAAGUGAAGCUCUGAUGUGAUAGUGAGUUUACAUAUAGGAUAAAAUCAGCAGGUUACACAAGGUUUGAGAAAAAAAGUUUCAAAGUUUUUUGUUAGUAAGGUGUUUUGUUAUAUUGGGAAUAAACUGUUUAUCCAGCUAUUUAGUAAGGUCAUUAUCUCCACUGCUGUAUUUUAUUUUCGUGUUAUUACAGGAUUUUUGGUACAGUUUUUUUUUAUUAUUAGUAGUAGUAGUAUUAUUAUUUUGAGCUCAGGCUUUGACAGAAAGAAGUUAAAACCUCCUCUCACUCAUAUGACAUGUAUCUGGCUCAUGAAUCCUGUACAUUUUGUAAGUACAAAUGGUAUUGUUCUUAACACAUCUUAAUCACAAUAUCUGCAAAUUUUGUCUUAAUUAAAUAUGUUCACAGAAGAAAGCAAACACACAAACAUCGAUUUAGUAAUACACUUUGUGUGAGUGUAUGAGGAUGAUACAAACCAAAACCUAAUAAUGUAAUGUGUGACAUUCAUAUACAGUAUAAACAUAUUAUGGUUUGAUUACAGAAAAGGGGAAACAGAAGGGUGUGUGUGCAGGUUGCACUUUGCUGUCAGAAUCAAGGGAAAAUAAAAAAUUGCACAUUAAUUUAUGCUGUACACAGAGGUUACAGUUGUAGUUUUGAGUUCCAAGGGAAAUCCAUGGAGUUUUUUUUAAAUAUUGUCUUAAGGGUAGCGUAUUUAUUGUACAUAUACAUUGUUUUUUUCUUUUUUUUUUACUUUUAUUUAUUAAGCCCCAGUGUUUCAAAGUGGAAUAAGACAUAUGUGUUCGUAAAAUAGCUUUCUGUUAUUGUUUAUUUUAUACUGUGAGUAUGUUUUAUUAAAAAUAAUAAGAAUAAUUAAGAUCAAAUAUGGUAUAUUACUUUAUUUUACUCAAAGUUGCUCUUUCGCCUUUAAAAGUUUUACUUCUGAACUGCAAUAUGUACCACCAGUAUUAAUAGUGCUGUUAGCCAUUAUUCCAUCCAUUACAGUAUUACAGUAACUCAUUUUUUAACUUUUCUUCCAAUAACUUUGACAAGAUAUUUUUUUUAAGUCUUCAAAAAAAUGUUGACACCAUGACACCAUGUGAGCUUCUGUUUCAGAGCAGCCCAUGUCAACUGUGUGCUUUCAUUGUAGGGUUUUCUGUUUAUUGUUUUAUAAGCAGUACACUUGUUAAAGACUUUAAAAGCUGACCUGUGUUUAUAUUUAUAUCACUGAUCUGAAUGACCAUGUUCAAAAGUAGCUCUUUGCAUUAAUGCUGUCUAUCUAAUGACAUUCAUAUAGAAAGGUCUACUCUUUAUGCCAGAGGCACCAGUACUAUUGUCUGUGAUAUUUCAU